AUGAAGCUGAGCAAUAAUAUUCUGCAGCCGUAUCUCGGAGACCUGGUCGGAUUCUCAGGGGAGCGAGUUCCUGUGCUAGGAUCAGUGUGGUUACAAACCACACUCGGUGAGCAGCCGUUAUAUAAGACACAAGAUAUUCAGUAUCUCGUGGUCGAUUGCUUUAGCCCUUAUAAUGUUAUUCUAGGUCGUCCCUUUCUAAAUAGAUUUGCUGCAAUUGUAUCUACAGUUCACCUUUGUGUCAAGUUCCCUGUGCAGGAUAAUGUCGUCGCUACGGUUCAUGGCGACCUCCAGGAAGCUCGGCAAUGCUAUAACACAAGCUUAAAGCCUAUCAAAAAAACCGGACAAUCACAAAUCAACUCCAUCAAGUCGGAAAAUAUAGUACCGGCUGAGCUCGACCCUCGGGCCGAUUUUGAAGAUCGGCCUAUGCCAAAUGAGGAAUUAACAAAGAUCUCUUUAACUGGAGACCCGAUGAAAUUCACUUUUGUGGGCACCUCAAUGAGUACUGAAGAAAGAAAAAGCCUUGAAAGUUUUCUGCGACAAAACGCCGACCUAUUUGCAUGGACUUCCGCUGAUAUGCCUGGAAUAGAUCCGUCUGUUAUAACACACAAAUUGAAUAUCAAUCCAGCAGCUAGGCCGGGGGCAACAUAUCAGCGCCUAAUGAAUAAGAUAUUCGAGCAGCAAAUAGGCCGGAAUAUAGAGGUCUACGUCGAUGAUAUGGUUGCCAAAACAAAGCUCGGCGACCCCCAUAUCCAGGACCUGGCCGAGAUCUUCGAACAAAUCCGACGAUACAAGAUGCGGUUAAAUCCAGAAAAGUGCGCCUUCGGAGUUCAAGGAGGAAAAUUCCUAGGAUUCAUCCUCACUAGCCGAGGUAUUGAAGCAAACCCAGAAAAAUGUCAAGCAAUACUUGACAUGAAGAGUCCAUCGACAAUAAAGGAAGUUCAAAGGCUAACGGGACGGUUAGCCGCUUUAUCUAGGUUUUUACCAUGUUUAGCACCUAAAUCAUUAAAUUUCUUUCAGUGUUUGAAAAAGAGUGCAAAACAUUUUGAGUGGAACCAAAACUGUGAAAUGGCUUUCACAAACUUAAAAGAAAUCCUCUCAAAGCCUCCUGUUUUACAAAAACCAAAGCUCGGCAAGCCAUUAUAUAUAUAUUUGUCUAUUACUGAUUCUGCAAUUAGUUCUGCUCUUGUGAUAGAAACAGAUAAGAACCAGCAGCCAGUUUAUUUUGUGAGCAAGUCAUUACAGAAUGCCGAGCUUUGCUACCCGACGUUGGAAAAAGUUGCCCUGGCCUUAGUUUUCUCAUCCAGACGUCUCCGACCAUAUUUCCAAAGCCACACGAUCAUUGUUAAGACUGGACAACCUCUGCGGCAGGUUCUUUCGAAGCCCGAACUAGCAGGAAGGCUGAUCAAAUGGGCCAUUGAACUUUCAGAGUUCGACAUUCAAUAUCAACCAAGAGGAUCGAUCAAGUCCCAACACUUAAUUGAUUUCGUUGCUGAACUUACAGAGCCAUGUUCAGUUACUCCAAGUCCCAAGUGGUCCUUAUUUGUAGAUGGUGCUUCCAACCCUCACGGGGCUGGUGCUGGAAUGUUGCUCAAAAACUCGGAAGGUAUAGCUCUCGAGCACUCUCUCAGAUUCUCAUUCAAGGCCAGCAACAACCAAGGCGAGUAUGAAGCCCUAAUAGCCGGGCUCAGGUUAGCUGCCGAUUUACAUGUCGAUAAUUUAAAGGUUUACUGCGAUUCAUUAUUAGUAGUUCAACAGGUGAACCACAGUUUUCAAACAAAGGACCCGAUUUUACUAAAAUACUUGGAUAUUGUACAACAACUAUUAAAAGAUUUUUCUAAAAUUGAGGUUAUUCAUAUACCUAGAGAGCAAAAUCAUAGAGCAGAUGUCUUGUCAAAAUUAGCAACAACACAAGCCCACACCGCCACCCUUUUACAGUCAACCCUAGAUAAACCCAGCAUUGAUGCAUUUAACAUCUUAAACAUAGUUAAUAAAGACAGUUGGCAACAGUCUUACAUUCAAUACCUCCGUUUCGGGUCUAUUCCCGAGGAAAUUGAAGAUAAGAAUAAGUUCCGGCGACGGGCCUCGUUUUUUACUUUAUUGAAUAACACUUUGUAUAGGCGAGGUUACUCUCGACCUUUAUUAAAAUGUUUGGACAGGCCGGAGGCCGACCUUGUUCUAUCCGAGGCCCACGAAGGCAUUUGCGGAAUACACUCUGGGGCUAGAAGCCUCGCGCAGAAAAUACUUCGAGCCGGCUUUUAUUAG